CAGAGUUUACAUUUAUAUUAUUCAAAUGAUAAAGAAAUUUCAUACAUUUUUUACAAUCAAAAUUUCAAGUUAUAAAUUUUUAUUAAUAUUGACAAUUACGUAAAAAAUUUGUAUGAUUAAUCUUGUUCUUGACAAAUAUAAAUUAUAAAUUUUAUGCACAGAUGGACAUAAUACAAAAAGCAACUAGUUGAUAUAAGUCUUACUUUCUAUUUAGGAAAAUACUUAGUAAGUAGUUAGUUUUGUAUAUUUAAAAUGUUUAAGUUAUUGUGUACUUGUGUUAGAAAAAUACAACGUAUUAAAUAUUACAAUAAGCAACAUUUACAUGUAAACAGUGGAGAUUUUUUAUUGAAUAUGUCUUUAUCACAUUUAAAGCACUUUCUCAAGCAACAAUGUUCAAAUAUUAUAGAAGGAUACACAUGCAUUAUAACAGACUGUCCUAUAUGUAACAAUAUAAAUAGAAAGUCAAAGUUUUAUGUAAAUAAAACAACAGGUUUUUUUAUAUGUGAAAAGUGUAAAUCUAUGGGUUCUUGGGAUAUAUUGGAGAGACUUUUAUCAAUACAAAAGUCAGAUGAAAAGCUCAAUGAAUUCAAUAUGUUAAAAGAUAGAUGUUGUGUAAAUGAAAAUUUUCAACAGACUUGGAAAAAUAUAACAAAUGAUUGCCAAAGCAUUAAAGAUUUAUCUGAUGAAGAAUAUGAAACCGUUCUCGACCAUUUUUCAUUUCCUAACGUUUCACAAGAAGCCCUGUCUCAGCUAAAAUGUUACUACAACAAGACCAGCAAUGUAUUAUAUUUUCCAUUAGUGGGUCUAAACAAUUCUAUAGUUGGAUAUAAAUCGCUUUCAACCAAUCCACAAAAAGAAGAAACAGUUCCUGCCUCUGGUGUUAGUGGAUGUAUAGAAUACAAACAAUACCAUAGUAAAAAUAAUAAUAGUGCUGUAGUCGUAGGAACGUUAGAUGAUUUGCUAGCUUUAAUAUCAAAGAAAUCUGCAAGUUUAAUUAUAUGUCUUCCAUAUAAUUUAAGGAAUCUACCUCAACAAUUAUUACCAUACAUGGAAUCUUUUAAAAAAUUAAUUUUAUGGUUUGGAAAUGAUGAAACAAGUUGGUACACUGCUAAACAGUUUGCAAAAAAAUUUAAUGAAAAGCGAUGUUAUUUCAUUAGGCCAACAGACUCACAACCUCGACCAAAAUUAGCUGCCAAAAUGAAUUAUAAUCUCAACAAUAUCCUUCAAAAUGCUCAACCUCUAUGGCACAAAAGUAUAAUUACCUUUCAAGAGCUUAAAGAAGAAAUUUUAAGCGAUUUGCAAAACAAUGAUAAAGUACAAGGAGUAAAAUGGAAGCGAUAUCCAACUUUAAAUCGUAUAUUGAAAGGUCAUAGAAGAGGUGAAUUCACUGUAUUGACUGGUUCAACUGGCUGUGGUAAGACAACCUUUAUGAGCGAAUAUUCCUUAGAUUUGGCAAUGCAAGGUGUUAAUACUUUAUGGGGCAGUUUCGAAAUAAGAAAUGCACGAUUAGCAAGAACAAUGCUACAACAAAUGGCAGAAGUACCUUUAGAUGAAAACCUCAAAAAUUUUGAUUUAUAUGCAAAUGCGUUUGAAAAGUUACCAAUUUAUUUUAUGACAUUUCAUGGCCAACAAAACAUCAAAGUAGUAAUGGAUGCAGUUGAACAUGCAACAUACAUACACGACAUAGCCCAUGUCAUAAUUGAUAACGUUCAGUUUAUGAUGGGAACAAGUACCGAUUCGAAAUACAUGGAUAGGUUUUGGAAACAAGAUGAAAUAAUAGCGAAAUUUAGAAAUUUCGCUACCAUGUACAAUUGUCAUGUAACCAUGAUAAUACAUCCACGAAAAGAACGUUUCGACGAAGAAUUAACAACUUCAUCGAUUUUUGGAAGUGCAAAAGCGAGUCAAGAGGCAGAUAAUGUGCUUAUUAUUCAAGAUAAUAGACUCACCAGACUUCGAGGCAAAAAAUAUUUGCAAAUAGCUAAAAAUAGAUAUAGCGGUGAUUUAGGUGUUAUGACAUUAGAGUUUGAUAAAUCAAAGCUUAGUUAUACAUCAAAAUUAAAAGGUAAGGAAAAAGGUAAUGAAAAAAAGUAAUGAAAAAUAAAAUAUCUGUCAACAAAGGGAACAGUAAAUAAAGAUUAUUUUGGAAGAUGUUUUUGUGUAUAUGUUUAUCAAACAUUGGCAUUUGAUUUAGUAUAUCCGUUGAAAAUGUUUUUAUUAUUUUUAAUUAUAUAGCAAAAUUAUUAAAGAGAAAAUUAU